AUGGAAGGAUGGCAGGAUGGCAGGACGGUAGGACGCUGCGUCGCUAACAUCGCUAAUUCCUGCCGCGUCUUGUGGCGCUGGAUCAAGUUUUAUUCUCCAAGGGAGGAGGGAAUGAAGGGAAUCAGGGAUGGAGAGAGAGAGGGGAUCAGGGAUGGAGAGAGAGAGGGGAUCAGGGAUGGAGAGAGAGAGGGGAUCAGGGAUGAAGAGAGCGGGGAUCAGGGAUGGGGACUGGGAUUGGGUAAAGGGCAUAAUGGUCUGGGCCAGCAAGAGGAAAAGCGCUGGGCGUGGGUCAGGGCACGGAACUGGGACAGGGCAUGGGUUAGAGACGGGAACGGGUCAGAGACGGGAACGGGUCAGAGACGGGAACGGGUCAGAGACGAGAACGGGUCAGAGACGGGAACGGCAAGCAGCGGCACCGGCGAGCCUGUGUUCGUGGAGGCCAUCGACAACGUGACGGUGACGGCUGGACGAGACGUGCGCCUCGCUUGUACCGUCGACAACCUGGGCACAUACAAGGUUGCGUGGAUCGCGUUCGACAAGUCAGCGAUCCUGACCGUAGAGGAACACGUCAUCACACGCAACCCUCGCGUCAACGUCAGCUAUGACGGCCACCGUACCUGGACCCUGCACCUCUCCAAGGUGAACGCAUCGGACGCAGGCACCUACAUGUGUCAGGUCAACACCAUCGUCGCCAAGAGUCAGUUCGGCAUCAUCAGCGUCGUAGUGCCGCCCCACAUCGUCGACAGCGACUCGUCAGGCGACGUAAUGGUGCAGGAAGGCGCCAACGUGACCAUGUCUUGCGCUGCUACUGGACACCCACCGCCUGACAUCCUGUGGCGUCGAGAGGACGGCAAGCGCAUCAGCGUCAACCGCACGCACUCAGUGGCUGAGUUCUCGGGUUCAGAGCUGCGGCUGAGCAGAGUGAGCAGAACGGACAUGGCUGCGUACCUCUGCAUUGCCAGGAACGGCGUCCCACCCAUUGUCAGCAAAAGGAUCAAAGUCAGCGUCGACUUCCCCCCCAUGAUGAACAUCCCCCACCAGCUAGUGGGCGCCCCCUUGGGGUUCAGCUUCACGCUGGAGUGCACAAUUGAGGCUCAUCCCCAAGCCCUGACUUACUGGACCCGCGGGCCUGGGGCCAUGAUCCACCACAGCGACAAGUUCUUCAUCUCCGAGACUCCUGGGACGGAGCCGUACCGCACUCACAUGAAGCUCACGGUCAAGGACCUGCAAGAAGAAGACUUUGGCUCGUACAAAUGUGUGGCCAAGAACUCCCGUGGCGAAACGGAGGGCGAAAUGAAGCUCUACAGUGAGUCUUGUCGGGUCAAAGCGGCAUACCUACACUUUAUCUGAAGAUCAUUCCUCACUGAUAAUUUUUUGAUAGACAUGGACUGUAGAAUGUUGUUGAAUGUUUGGUCCUAAACAAUAUCUUCAUUAGACAGAACUGGUAAAAUUCACUUUAAGCAAAAUAAUCCAAAUCAAUAAUGAACGUCGAGUUUACGAUCCAAUAUUCAAUUAUCUCGAUGAUCGCAGCGAUCAUUAUUAGACAGGAACGAAAAGCAUU